CACAGAAAACAAAAAACACUAAAAGAGCUGCAAGAAGAUGGCUCUUCCUCUCGAGUUCGAAAGCCUCACUGAAGCCAUCUCAGGGAUGGGAGUUGAUGAGAAUGCAUUGAUAAGCACAUUGGGGAAAUCGCAAAAGGAACAUAGAAAAUUGUUUAGGAAAGCAAGCAAAAGUUUCUUUGUUGAAGAUGAGGAAAGAGCUUUUGAGAAAUGCCAUGAUCACUUCGUCAGACACCUCAAGCUUGAGUUCUCUCGCUUCAAUAACGCGGUGGUGAUGUGGGCGAUGCAUCCAUGGGAGAGAGACGCAAGGUUGGUGAAGAAAGCAUUGAAGAAAGGAGAAGAAGCUUACAACCUCAUCGUUGAGGUCUCAUGCACUCGCUCUGCUGAGGAUCUCCUUGGUGCACGCAAAGCUUAUCACUCUCUCUUUGACCAAUCUAUGGAAGAAGACAUUGCCUCUCAUGUCCACGGUCCUCAUCGCAAGUUGCUUGUGGGGCUCGUGAGUGCUUAUCGAUAUGAAGGGAAUAAGGUGAAGGAUGAUUCUGCCAAAUCGGAGGCUAAGAUUCUGGCCGAAGCAGUGGCUUCUUCGGGCGAAGAAGUCGUGGAAAAGGAUGAGGUUGUUAGGAUUUUGACCACAAGAAGCAAACUUCAUCUCCAACAUCUCUACAAACAUUUUAAUGAAAUCAAAGGCUCUGAUUUUCUUGGGGGUGUAUCUCAGUCUUCGCUUCUCAAUGAAGCAUUGCUUUGUUUGCUCAAACCGGCUGUGUAUUUCAGCAAGAUUUUGGAGGCUUCUCUGAACAAAGACGCAGACAAGACUACCAAGAAAUGGUUGACAAGAGUGUUUGUUACAAGAGCAGAUCAUAGUGAUGAGAUGAAUGAGAUCAAAGAAGAGUUCAAUAACCUUUAUGGUGAGACUUUGGCUCAAAGAAUCCAAGAGAAGAUUAAAGGGAACUACAGAGAUUUCUUGCUCACACUGCUCUCCAAAUCCGAUUGAUUUCGUGUUGAGAAAACUAUUACCAAAACUUUUGGUUAUUGAAGAUUUAUCAUUUCCCUUUUAUGGUUUUAUUUAUGUUUCUAAUUCCAAAAUUUGUGUUUUCUAUACCAUUUGGUAAUAAAGAGUUGUGUCAUUG